AGGAAUAAUUGCUUGCAAUUUGGAUCUCCAUCACCCCACUUUUUUUAAGUUUGCAAUUAACUUGGUGGGGCUCUAAAUUUCCCCUUUCGUAUGUAACCUCCUUUUGUUUUUGGUGGCACAUAGGACAACAAGGCCACUUUUCUCCUUAUUCCUUGUUGGGCCUAUAAAACGAAACGUUUGGCGUUUUAACUUUGGGCAAGUUUGAAAGUGGGCUUGUUGUUGUAAAAUCAAAAAGGAAAAAAAAAAUUAUUUUUUAAAAAUGGGGACCUGUGUAUCAACUCAUGCAAAAAUAGUACCAGCAAAAAAGAAACAUCAUCGUCAUCAUCGUAGACAAUCAAGAAAGUCAAAGGGUAUGAGAAAAGCAAAUUCCAUUGUAGAAGGUCACGUCAAGAAACGACAUAGCAAUGCAGGAGGAGGUGGUGUUGUCACUGAUUAUGCCGUCAGUGAAUUUGUUCAUAUGGAUUUCGAACAUGGCGCUACAACCACAUGUUGUAGAUCAGAGGUUACCAAUUCUACUUUCCACCUCACCCAAUUGCAAUGGCAACAUAGCCAAUAUGACGCCAAUGGGAUUUGCCAGGAGGAAUUGUGGUAUGAUUCUGUGAGCUUAGUGGAUCAAUCUGAUUCUGAUGAAGAGUUCUGUAGUGUACAUGGAGAUAUGAUUGCAGAUGGGUUUCCAGUGGUGGGGAAUGCAAUUGGGAACAUACCAGCAACUGGUCAAGUGGUUCAAUAUGAAAGAUCAGCACGUUUUGUGGACAACAAUUGCAAAUAUGAAGAGUUCUGUAGUGAGAGUUACUUGAAAAUAGAUGGAGGAAAGGCAAAGAAGUUAAUAGGAAAAGAAAAUUAUGAAGAAUCUAGCAGUACUUAUGCCAUUGUUAGUGCUCCUGGUUAUGGCCUUUCUCGUUUGGCAAAGGCUGAAGCUUGUGGCAAAAAGAAGACUUUGUUGGAUCAUUCUUAUGGAAGCUUUAAAGGCCUCAAAGUUGAUAGGAAAAGCCAUGAAGAUAAUAACACCAGCUUGAGGAAAUUGGUGUCUGCUGCUAGCUUUAAUGAGAAGAUUUUGAUUUCUCAGCCUUCUCAACCUCCUCAGAAAAUGCAAUCUGCUGUUUUUCGCCUUUCGUUUAGACGUCGAUCGUGUGAUGUUUACGAAACCAACGAACGCUGUGAGUCGAAGAAGUACUUAUAUCGUCCAAGAGCUGGGCAUAUAAUUCCAAGGUUCAAAGGAGAGAAACCAACUCCUGGAUGUUGGUGUGAGAUUCCCCCAUCAACGUUUAAACUUCGAGGUCCUAACUAUUUCAAAGAUAGAGUAAAAUCCCCAGCUUCAAACUUUAGUCCAUACGUCCCGAUUGGUGUCGAUUUGUUCAUAUGCCCCAGAAAGAUAAACCACAUUGCGCGGCACCUCGAGCUUCCAAACAUUGAAGCCACUGCCGCCGACGUUCCCCCGUUGCUCAUUGUAAACAUCCAGUUACCAACAUAUCCAGCUGCAAUGUUCCUUGGUGAUAGUGAUGGGGAAGGGAUGAGUCUUGUUUUGUACUUCAGAGUUUCUGAGAAUUUCAAUAAGGAAAUCUCUAGCCAUUACAAGGAAAACAUCAAGAAAUUUAUCGAUGACGAGAUGGAAAGAUGCAAGGGAUUUGCAAAAGAGUCGGUAUUUCCGUUUAGAGAAAGGCUUAAGAUCAUGGCAGGACUUGUUAAUCCAGAGGAUCUCCAACUAAGUUCAACAGAAAAGAAGCUUGUAAAUGCCUACAAUGAAAAACCCGUCCUCUCGCGUCCUCAGCAUAAUUUUUUUACGGGUUCAAAUUACUUCGAGAUCGAUUUAGAUAUUCAUCGAUUUAGCUACAUAUCAAGAAAGGGACUUGAUUCAUUUCGAGACCGUCUAAGGAACGGAAUAAUCGAUCUUGGUUUAACGAUCCAGGCACAAAAACCAGAGGAAUUGCCAGAGCAAGUGUUGUGCUGUUUAAGAUUGAACAAAGUUGAUUUUGUGGAUCAAGGCCAGCUCCCAACUUUAGUUACUCUUGAAGAGGAAGAUUGAAUGACAUUGAUCAUGAACAAAAUUUGCCUAAAGUUGAAUCAAUUUGUAAAUUUAUGGGGAAAUAUAUAUAUGAUAUCAAAUCUCUCUCUCUCCCCCUCUCUUUUUUUUCUUUUUUACAAUUUCAUUCCCCAAACAAAUAAUGGGAUGUUCUUUCUUU